AUGGCUGCCGACCCCGUCACUUCCGCAACGGUCGAUGACCUCCUCAACUUCGACAGCACCGACGAUGAAGACCCGUUCAACGACAAACCCUCACGGCAGACUAAGCGCGGCGAUGAGACGACCCUAUCUCCCCGUGGACCCAGCAAGAGAGAGGCAUCCGACCUCGAUGACACGCUAGGCUUGGACUCUGAGAUUAAGAUCAAGAAACAGCGCAAACCCAUCGCCAAACUUGACGAGGCCCGUCUGCUCUCCGCGCCGGGCAUUCCCAAGUUGCGCGCCGAUGCCCGCAUGCCCAACUUCCUCACCAAGAAAUUGAGGAUCAAAGGCAAAGGCCACGAGUUCUCGGACGUGGCGAAACUCCUGAAUUACUACCAACUGUGGCUGGACGAUUUAUAUCCGCGGGCCAAGUUUGCGGAUGCGUUGCAGCUAGUGGAGAAGGUGGGACACUCGAGGCGCAUGCAGGUGAUGAGGAAAGAGUGGAUAGACGAGGGCAAGCCCUGGUAUCUUAGAGAGAAGGAGGCGAAGAAAAAAGCUGAGAAGGAGGAGAGAGACAGAGAAAAGGAGACGGAGGAAAAGUAUGUGGGCGACGAAGCCCUCGUGAAUGGAGCUAAUAACGAGCCUCGAAACACCGGGACAGUCGGCGAAGACGAUUCUCUGUUUAUCCCCGAGUCCCGCUCGAAGGGGGCCGCAGAGGAUCAAGACGCGGGUCUCCCCGAAGAUGACGAGCUCGACGCUCUACUGGCUCAACAAGAGGGUCGUACCACUCCACGGCGGUUGACAGCACCAAAGAGGAUCGUGGAGGACGAUUCCGAGGGAGAAGAUGAUCUCGAUGCAUUGCUUGCCGAACAAGAGACACGCCAGAAAGCUCCAGCUGCACUCCCGGCUACCUCAGCACCUCUCACCAGACCCCAGAGCCUGCCAUUUGGCGAAAAUGACGACGAAGACCUGGACGAUCUCGACGCAUUGCUUGCCGAACAAGAAUCACGCUCGAAACGCACUGCCUUGCAAAAGGAGCCUGAUAACAUGCCGUUGACGACGCAAGGCAAAGCUUCCCCAGCUCCUGACGAAGACGAGUUCCCAGUCGACGAAGAUGACGACUUGGCCGCUCUGCUCGCCGACCCUGAAACGGAUGCAGGAGCGGUCCCCUCUGAGCAAGCCCCAAUACCUUCCUCUGCUGCAGCAGAGAUCUCGGCUCCUGCUCUAAAUGUCAUGAACGAAGAAGGAGCGGAGGCUCAAACAGAAGCACAAGCAGACGGGGCAGACAUGUUCUCGUCCUCGCCCGUGCGAGGCACCGUGUCAUCGCACAUGUUCCCAAGCGCAGGGCAUGAACUUGACGGCUCCCAGGAAGAGGCCUUGAACUCUCAAGAAAUGAACGGAGGGGAUAUACAGGCUACCGAGGCUGAUAAGGAGGAAGAGUCCCAGGGCUUGAACGCCGAUGACAUGUUUCCAUCAUCGCCGGUGCAGAAUGAGUGA